AUGUACUCCUAUACGGAAGACAUUCCAAUGUACUCCUCUGGCAAGUACAUGGCUGUUCAUCGCUGCCCAAACGGCGACCGUGGAGUGGACUAUCCAGGACUUCCUGGCGAAGAGAAGUCAGGUGCAGCUCGAUUGGCGGGCUGUGCCUUGACGGUCCAAAAUUCGGACCACGAGGAGGACGAAGCCAGUAUAGCAGCGAGAACAACAUUAGCACUCACGAAGGCAGACUAUGACACGCUGAAGGCCACAGUUUUGAAGCAGGCGUCAAAACAGCUGCUUCUCAUGGGAUGGCCGACCGGCAUGAGCGAACAAGACCGUGACAAAGAAAUCCGUGGCAUGGCACAGUACUAUGGUGUAGCUGACAAGUUGCAGGGCACCACCACACUGAAGAACAAGCAAGGACUUGGCCACUUCACCAUUGUGCACAUGUGGGACAAGGACGCGCGCAACACCUUCCUGCACAAUGUCAAGAACGACCCGCACAAGAUCAAGGGCAACACCAUCGUAGGAAGACCGCAGAUACCCCGCUACCGCCGUGAACAAGAUGCUCCCAUGAAGUGCGCUAUGAAGGCAUUGGCGACCAUCUACGGCGGCAACCCCAAAUUUCGACCAACCUGGGAAUUGCAGGCCCUAUGGUAUGAAACCGAAUGGGUACUAGCAGUUGCUACGGACGCAAACGACGCCACCAAAGUGACCAUCUUCGUCCCCGACGACAAGAAGGAGGAGUUUGAGACUCAGUUUGCGGAGGAUUGGCCGACAUGGCAAAACCGGGGCAACCAGACGGAAGGCAGUCCACAAAAAUACCUUCGCAUCAACAUUAUCGCCUUCACCGAUGACGCUUUGCAGGAGCUGAACGAACGCUACGCAAACAUGAGCACGCGCUCCCGCAGCUCCAGACCCUCGGACGACGUAGACAUGGCGAAUGCUGAUGAGGAGGUGAGACUCAAACUGGGUGCUAGGCGCCAACAGGCGCCGCGCCCUCGCUGGGAUUUCCAUAGUGCCUCGCCCAGGAACAUCCGCGAGAUGAACGAAGCCCUGGAAGCUCGAUUGGACAACAUACAAAGUAGUGAUGAUGUGUCACAAACAUGGGACCUUCUCCGGGAAGUGUUUGUUCAGGCCAUGGAAGAGCACAUACCCAAAUACCAGUUUGCACCUAGGAAACCCUGGAUUAGCCAGAGCACCUUGGAUCUGAUUACGCGUAGAGGUGUCCUACGCAGCCAAGGCGACCUCCAGCAGGUGGCCGAGUACAAUAAAGACAUUAAGCGUUCUGCCAAACGGGACAAGAAAAAUUGGCUCGAAGAGCAACUACAAUCGAAUUCGUGGGAGCCGAUAAAGCAGCUCAAGAAAUCGCUCCCUACAAAGAUGGUUCGACUUGAGCCAUCACCAAGUUUAGGGAUUUCACCAACAGCCACAAAUGCAGAUAUCUAUGCCGCGCAUCUAGAGCAGGUGCAGUGGGCUCCUGCAGCAUCACCUGGGGUUGAAGAUCUCAGCACGGAUCUCUUACCACAUGCUGCCCCGGAUAUUGAAGAGGGCCCUUUGACCAUGGCCGAACUCAUUCAGGCCAUUAAGCAUCUCAAAUCCGGUAAGAGUGCGGGCCAAGACAAUAUUCCAAAUGAGUUUUGGAAGAACCUUUCCGGCAAAGGCUUAGAGGCUCUUUUGGACUUGUUUCAAGACUGUUGGAGUCACGGCAAGAGCCCAUCGACAUGGAAGCAGUCUCAGGUUAUAGGCAUCUUCAAGAAAGGCAUUCCCACCACUUGGGGGGCUAUGGUCAUCGGUUGUGAAAGGAUCCCCAACGAACAGGAGAAGCUAGCUGGGUCCAGCUUCCGCGUGCCGGAGAACAACACGCGUGAGUCACCCUUUGUUGUGGUCUUUGGCCGCUGUGAGAUUGAGGAUUGGGGAGUCUGCAAGGACUUCGGUCUCUUUGAUGAGGACUUCUGCGCCGAGCUCGUGGAUGAGGCACUGGUGCUCCGUGCACGCGUGACCUGGAUCGAGCCACGUGCAGACAGCCUCCUCCCGCGAGAGGUCGUACAGCUCAAGCCGACGGCGCUUCAGCAGGGAUCCGAGUGUCUUUCCUCCCACCUCGCCGGUCUCUGGGCAGCUAGACGGGGAGGAACCAAUCCAGGCCCCACGGGGGGCCCAGUGGGCAGCCAAAGCCAGCUGCCACCAAGCGACAUCGUCCUCGUUGCUGAUGGCCAGCGCUUUGAAGCGGAUCGAGUGCUCCUCGCAGCCCGCUCCAGCUACUUUGCUGGCAUGCUGGCCUUUCGGGAGGCCGGCCAGCGCGAAGUGCUUUUGCCGGUUCCAUCUCGCGCUCUUGCAUCCGUUUUGCGCUUCGCCUACACGGACGACGCCCCGGAACUUCGAAGCUACGAGGAAGCCGUGGAGCUCCUGGAAGCUGCUUCCCAGCUGAGCUUCGCGGGUUUGCAGCGGCAUUGCAGCGACUACCUCCGGGACACUUGGCUGACUUUGGAAAACGUUCUGCAGCUUCUUCGAGUGGCAGAUCAGCAUGGCGCUACGUCCUUGAGGGCUGAAGCCUUGGCCGUGAUCGCCGCCAACUUCGACGCAGUGAAGAAGACGGAGCCCUGGGAGGAAUUCCUGCAGACCGGCAUGAACCCCAUGCUGAUUCAGGAUCUUCUUCAGGCCGUGCAGACGGCCUCCGUUGCAGCCGGUCGUGCCAGCACCCGCUUCUGA